AGCGCUAGUUUUUCCUUAGGGAGAAACACAACCUUCUUGAGUUGUCCUUCCUCGUUCUCUUCCUAAGUUUCUCUUUCACUAAAACAUAAGGAAUCCCAUCUGCGUCCAGAGAAAAUGAAGAACUUAGGGUGUUGCAGCAAGUUUCUUGAGAGUUCUAAGCCCUACUUUGCCAUGAUCGCCUUACAAUUUGGUUAUGCUGGCAUGAAUAUUAUAACAAAAGUGUCACUUAACCGUGGUAUGAGCCACUAUGUCCUUGUGGUUUAUCGCCAUGCCUUUGCCACUGCAGUCAUUGCUCCAUUUGCUUUGUUUUUUGAGAGGAAAAUGCAACCGAAGAUCACCUUUCCUGUUUUCAUGCAGAUAUUUGUCCUUGCCCUUCUUGGACCUGUGAUAGACCAGAACUUUUACUAUGCUGGUCUGAAGUAUACAUCCCCAACUUUCUCCUGUGCAAUGAGCAACAUGCUUCCUGCAAUGACAUUUGUCAUGGCAGUCAUAUUCCGGAUGGAGAAACUGGACAUAAAGAAGGUGAGAUGCCAAGCGAAGCUGCUGGGAACUCUAGUGACUGUUGCCGGGGCAAUGUUUAUGACCUUAUACAAGGGUCCUAUUGUAGAGAUGCUGUGGUCUAAGCAUAUCCAUCCACGUAAAUCCUAUGUGACUGAUACCACAGGGACGACUGACAAAGACUGGUUCAAGGGCUCCAUUCUGCUUAUCAUUGCUACUCUUGCUUGGGCUUCCUUGUUUGUUUUGCAAACCAAAGCAUUGAAGACAUAUAAGAACCACCAGCUCUCUCUCACGUCACUUGUGUGCUUCAUUGGAACCCUACAAGCUAUUGCUGUGACAUUUGUGAUGGAGCACAAGAGCUCGGUUUGGAGAAUUGGCUGGGACAUGAACCUCCUUGCUGCUGCCUAUGCUGGGAUAGUGACAUCAAGCAUCUCAUACUAUGUCCAAGGAUUGGUGAUAAAGAAAAAAGGUCCAGUUUUUGCUACUGCUUUUAGCCCUUUGAUGAUGAUCAUUGUAGCCAUCUUGGGCUCAUUCAUAUUGGCAGAAAAGAUAUACCUUGGAGGUAUUGUUGGUUCAGCCUUGAUAGUUAUGGGCCUAUACUCAGUCCUGUGGGGAAAGCACAAGGAGAAAAUGGAGGUCGACCCGGAGGAGAUACCAGAACCCGUAAAGGGUACUGUUCAAGGAAAUGGCAAUUCUAUAGUAGUGAUUGAAGAUAUCGAAGCUAAUGAAGUUCAGGUGCAGAAAGCGGAAGCCAACAACAAUUUCUCUGCGAUGGCCAUGAGCAUGCCCAUGGCCCUGCCAGACCUUCCACACAAAGAGAGCCAAGAGCCAAGAGCCUAGCAAAGAGGCCAGAAUGGAUAAACGGCCGGGAGUUGGCAUUAUUUUUUGCCCUUUUCAAUCCCCCAUUUUGCUAAGAUCUUUUUUUAAAUUUAUAUAUAUGUGGGGUUUUGAUG